AUGCCGAAAGGAUCCUGUCUUUGCCAUCAACUCCAAUACGAGUACCAAGGCGAUCCCCUUAUGAAGGCAAGUCAUACUUUAGUUGUGAUGGACAGAGUUCUCGCAAGCUCAUUUAUCUUCGGUAGCACCAACACCUUCAACUUACUGCUUCCACAUGACAAGCUCACCAUUACGAGUGGUACCCCAAAACAAUAUACUGAGACGCAUGAAAGUGGGGAGAAUUUGACAGUCUUCUUCUGUGGGGACUGUGGAUCAGCUGUCUACAAGACGCAUGGGCUUUUCCCGGAGAAAGUUGUCUUGCUCGCGGGUACGCUCGACGAUGCGGAUGGCUUGGAACAGGCAAAACCUCAAGUUGAGCUGUUUGUCAAACACCGUCCAUCGUGGCUAAAUGGCCUUGAUUGGGCUGAUCAGAAAAUGGAAUUUUGA